AUGGCUGUAACGCACAUGAAAUUAGCCCUGCUGGUAAUUUUCUUGCAAUUUUUCUUGUCAACAUCAAGACCCUUGAACACAAAAAGCAACUACAAUGCCAUUGAUAAGUGCUGGAGGAGAGAUCCAAAUUGGGCAAAUCACAGGAUGAGUCUUGCAAACUGUGCAAAAGGCUUUGGAAGUUAUGCCAUGGGAGGCAUAGGAGGUACAAUAUAUACAGUCACCAGAGAUGAUGACAAUGCUGUAAAUCCUUUGUUUGGGACUCUCAGAUAUGGUGUUACUCGCAGUCAACCUCUGUGGAUGGUUUUUGCAAGGGAUAUGGAGAUUCAACUUCUGAUGCCCUUGUUCUUCGCAAGCCACAAGACUAUUGAUGCAAGGGGAGCAAAAGUCACCAUUAGCAAUGGGGCCUGCAUAACGCUUUAUAAUACCAGCAAUGUUAUCAUCCAUGGCUUAACCAUUCAUGACUGUCAACCUACUGGAUCUGGAGAUGUUCUACUCUAUGAGUCCAAAGGAGUGGUGAGAGAUUAUCCAAUGGAUGGCGAUGGUAUAUCUGUUAUAAGUUCUAGAGAUAUUUGGCUUGAUCAUAAUACCAUUUCUCACUGCAGUGAUGGUCUCAUAGAUGUGACGCUUGGCUCAACAGCAGUUACUAUUUCUAACAACAGAUUCUAUAAUCAUAAUGAGGUAAUGUUAUUAGGAAACAGUGAUACAUAUACACCCGACUUAAACAUGAGAGUUACUGUGGCAUUCAACCAUUUUGGACCAGACCUUAUGCAACGCAUGCCAAGGUGUAGAUUGGGAUAUGCACAUGUGGCAAAUAACUACUAUGAGCCUUGGGGAAUAUAUGCAAUUGGAGGAAGCUCAAAUCCUACCAUCUUGAGUGAAGCGAAUUGGUUUGUGGGUCCAAGUGAUUACACCAAGAAACAAGUGACACACCAAAAUGGGUGUACUAGUGGUUCAUCUUGUGUAUUGAGAUCAAUCCAUGAUAUGUUUUUAGAAGGAUCAUAUUUCAAACAAUCAGGUUGGGGAAAUGCACAUCCAACAUAUGAUCAGAGACAAGAAUUUAAGAUUGAUAUUGUCUAUUUAGUACCUAAAUUGACAAAGAAUGUCGGGGCUCUAGAUUGUUUUUCCAACAAGUCUUGUUGGUGA